AUGUCUAAAGAAAACAAUGGCAAUGGCAAUUUGCACAUUGCAAUGUGCCCAUGGUUUGCUUUUGGUCACAUUACCUCAUUUCUUCAUUUAGCAAACAAACUAGCUGAGAAGGGUAACAAAAUCUCUUUUUUCCUUCCUACCAAAACCAAACUCAAAUUUGUCUCCCACAACCACCACCCACACCUUAUUGAUUUGAUUCCCAUCACAGUCCCAGCUGUUGAUGGGCUUCCCAUUGGAGCUGAAACAACUGCAGAUGUGUCUGACUCUAACCGGCACCUUAUAAUGUCUGCCGUAGAGCGAAUCCCAGAAACAAUUGAUACCCAUCUCUCAAAUCUUAAACCUGAUUUCGUGUUUUUUGACUUUGCUGAAUGGGUACCAAAAAUAGCCCGUAAACACCAGACUAAGUCUGUAUUUUAUUCCACAGUCUACUUGUCGACGGUUGCUUACUUGCUCCCUCAACCAAGGAAUCUUCCUAUCAACUGCUUCACAGAGGAAGAAUUAAAGCAGCCACCACCAGGAUAUCCAAUGCCAUCCAUCAGGCUGCAAGCCCAUGAGGCUCGUAGUCUAGCAAACUCAUCUAAAACGGUAUUCGGAGGUGAAGAGAAAUCACUAACACUAUUGGAAAGAGUGGAAGUAGCUUUCAAAGAAUGUGAUGCUAUUGGCGUCAAGACUUGUAGAGAGAUGGAAGGGACUUAUUGUGAUUAUGUCGAAAAGCAUUUAAAAAAACUAGUGCUGCUAGCUGGACCAGUGGUGCCUCAACUGCCUGAUGAUCAACUUGAUGAGUAUUUCAAGACUUGGUUACAGGGUUUUGGUAAAGACACUGUGCUGUAUUGUGCACUUGGGAGCGAAUCUUCACUUGCAAUUCAUCAGUUUCAAGAGCUUGUUUUGGGACUCGAGCUCAAAGAUAUGCCCUUCUUGGCCGCUCUGAAGCUUCCUGAUGAUUAUCCCACACUUGAGUCAGCCUUGCCUGACGGGAUAGACGAAAAUAAAAGAAAAUGA